CGGAAUGAGAGCUGAGCUGUUGCCUGCCGUUGACUUUCUUGUCGCCUGCUCUUUUAAGGGCUGGAUAUCCAAACUGUCUCUCCUUUCCCUCAGUGUGGACUUUUCUCUCUCACCGCCUGGGAUCUAUUGACGUUUUUACCAUCACUUCUCUGGAGUUAACGGCACAGGGACAACCCCCCUGUGCGAGUGUGUGUGUGUGUGUGUGUGUGUGUGUGUUUGUGUUAUGGGUCAUACCCAUGCCUGGUAGUCCUGUGGCCAGCACUUGGGGUAUACCAUGAAGGGGGGACACCACCACCGGGGCUGUGCCUGCCAACACUUGUUCCGAAAAGUCCUGGCAAAGUGUGGCUGCUGUUAUGCCAGGGUCAGAGACUCGUACUCAGCAGCAGGCAGUGAAGGCAGUAUAUCCACUUCCGUGGCCUCGCUCCCUCCACAGGCCUCGGGCAGCUCGGCCCCCAGCUCCCCCGCCUCACGCCGCUCUGUCAGCACCCUGAAGAAAUGGCUGACCAACCCGGUGCGCAAGCUGAGCGCCGGGGCAGUGGGAGGGACCAAGGGGGAGCGGCAGGUUCGCAAACUGGAGGGCAAGCCCCCUCCUCCCCCCGCCAGGCACAGCCAGGACCUCGGCGUCCCACGCAGAGCAGACGAGCAGAUCACCAUCCUGCCCACCAUAGACAAAGAGCUGGAAUGGAAGGAUGGUCUUGCGUCUCCUGAGGAUUUUGCUACGGGCAUUUUGCAGUCCCACAGCUACCAGUGUGACUCUCUGCAGUGCUCCACUUCACUGGGCUUGUCCCAGAAUACCCAAUCCACCCUCCUGCAGGCAGAAGACAAUGGCUCUGUCUUGAUGGACGACAACUCAAGCCAAUCAUCAGCCACUGUUGACAGUGAGGAGGAAAGGAGGAGUGCCUUAGAGAAAAGCAUGUAUGUGCUGAAGGAGCUCAUCGAGACAGAGAAAGUUUACGUGGUUGACCUGGGUCUCAUUGUGGAGGGCUACAUGGCGACCAUGAAUGCCAAAGGAGUUCCAGAGGACAUGAAGGGAAAAGACAAGAUAGUGUUUGGAAACAUUCAUCAGAUCUACGACUGGCAUAAAGACUAUUUCCUGGGUGAGCUGGAGAAGUGUGUGGCUGAGCCAGAGAGACUGGCACAACUCUUCAUCAAACAUGAGAGGCGUCUUCACAUGUAUGUGGUGUACUGUCAGAACAAACCCAAGUCUGAACACAUUGUGUCUGAAUACAUAGAGACCUACUUUGAGGAGCUAAAGCAGCAGCUGGGACAUAGAUUGCAGCUGAAUGAUCUACUCAUCAAACCUGUGCAGAGGAUCAUGAAAUACCAGCUGCUACUGAAGGACUUUCUGAAGCACUACACUAAGGCUGGAAUGGACACUGAAGAGCUUGAGAAAGCGGUGGAGGUGAUGUGCUUUGUUCCUAAACGCUGUAAUGACAUGAUGAAUGUGGGACGGCUGCAGGGCUUUGAGGGCAAAAUCACAGCUCAAGGGAAGCUCCUCCAACAAGACACUUUCACCGUCACUGAACAGGACAGCAGUUUCCUGUCUCGAGCCAAGGAGAGGCGGGUCUUCCUGUUUGAACAGAUUGUCAUCUUCAGCGAGCCUAUCGACAGGAAGAAGGGCUUCUCACUUCCUGGAUAUAUUUUUAAGAACAGCAUCAAGAUGAGUUGUCUUGGUGUGGAGGCGAAUGUGGAGGGUGACCCCACACGCUUUGCCUUGACGUCCCGCGGGGCGGACGGUAGCACGGUACGCUUUGUGCUCCAGUCCUCCUCUCCAGACAUCUGCAAGGCCUGGGUGAGCGACGUGAGCCAGAUCCUCGAGACCCAACGCAACUUCCUCAACGCCCUGCAGUCACCCAUAGAGUACCAGAGGAGAGAGAGUAAGAGUAAUAGCCUGGGCCGCACCAUGAGAGCACCUUUCUCUGCAGCCUCCAGUCUCAGACCCCACUCCUCAGCCUCCAUCGACCGGCAGCGUCUACCCUGCCUACGCUCCUACAACACCUCACUACCCUCUCUCUACCUGUCCAGUCAGGGCCCCACCGACUCACACAAAACACAGGAGAAAACACAAGUGCAACAAUGUCCUGUGGACACCACACUGAAUUCCCAAACAGUGUCUCCUACCCACGUACAGCUGGCCUUUACUGAGCAGACCUCACUCACUCCGCAGUCCUCUCUCCACUGCCAAGGAGUGUCUAAUGGCCUGUGUCCUUCCAACACACACAGUAUACAGUCGCAGCGAUCAAGAGAAGCGUGCCACAGAGGUGGGGCUGGGGAAGGCGGGGCUUCUGUUCCAGGUCCCUCCUCUUCCAGUAACCUGCGUUCCAGUAACUUGGCCCAGCUUGAUGAGGAUGACCUGUGAACAUUGGACUUUGAAAUAAGACCCCUUUCUUUGAGUCUCUCUCUCUCUUUCUCUCUCUCUCUCUCUCUCUCUCUUUCUCUCUCUCUCUCUCUCUGUCUCUCCGGGAGCAUGCCACUGUCUGGAGUUCUCCACUCAACCCACCGUAUCUGAGCAGACUGAAGGAUGAGAGGUCAUGGGCUUUGUAGCGCCAUCGCUCGAACUUCUAAUCUUCAGAUGUGAACGAUGACCAAGUGACUCUUUUUGCCUGGCUCCUUUUGACAUCCUGUCACCCACUGCUCUAGGGCCACAGGCCUUUGCUUGGAAGAGAUCUUAUCAUGGAGAAAUCAUACCAUUCCUGUAUUGG